ACUUGGGGAAAAUAUUCGCGCUUUGCUUCCUUCCCCAUCUCUCGCCCCUUCCCCCUUAAAUCGCGCUGAGAAAGAUUAUGUAAUUUUUGGUACAUCCUGUAUGCUUCCAAACAACGUCGAACGAAUGCAAGAGAGUUACCGCAAAUAUGGUAUUUCCAUUGUUCCGAAUAAAUUAUUUCGUUUUAUCACGUUAACGCGUGAGCUGUAAAAUUGAACAUUCGAUUACAAGUAUCAGCAAACUAAAAUUCGAACUUUUUGGUGGAAAUGUCGCUCGGAGCGGUCAUAAAAAUCUGUCGAGCGGCAGUUUCCCGGGGGGCCACUGGUCGGUCAUUCGCGUGUCCGUAGAGGAUUGCAAUCUUUGAGGAGCAAGCGAUAGUGCAGUCUCCGUAAUCCCAACUCGGUGUGCGUGUUAUAGAUCUCACCUUCAAUCGUUAAACUCGUUGCUUCCUCAUCCUUCGGCAUUCAGAUUCUACACAAUGAACGGUACUACAGAAUCGGUAUCGCAAGAAAACGAGAAGCACCACCACGAAGUGACCGACGUAGUAAAAUCAAGCAUCGGCACUCUGGGCAAAUGGCAUAUUUGGACGUGUUUGGCGAUAUUUCUGGUUAAAUUUCCAGUGGCGUGGCAUCAGCUCAGUAUCGUUUUCGUCGCCGCCCCUGUCAAUUUUAGUUGCGCAGAGAGUGGUGAACAAAGGUGUUCCGCAAAUUGUUCGAGUCACUUGUUCGACCGAUCGUUGUUUACGGAAACCAUAGCCUCAGAAUGGGAUUUAGUUUGCGAGAAACACUACCUCCUGGAUCUGGCUCAGACGGUUACCAUGUUGGGAAUUUUGUUUGGGAACAUGGUAUUCGGAUACCUGUCCGACAAAUACGGCCGCAAAAAUCCUUUAUUAUGGGCUGUCGUGCUGCAAGUGACGUCCGGUACUAUAGCCGCAUUCUCACCGUGGUUCCUGCUCUUUUUGCUCAUGAGAUUUUUGGCCGCUCUGGCCACGGGCGGUACAAUGGUAACGAGUUUCGUACUUACCAUGGAACUAGUAGGUACCAAAUGGCGAACGAUUCUAUGUAUCUUAUACCAGAUACCGUUCAACCUGGGCCAUCUACUUCUGCCCGUGAUAUCGUACUUUUUAAGAGACUGGAGAUACUUCCAAGCGGCCAUAUCACUGCCAUCGCUGAUAUUCAUAAGUUACUACUGGAUCUUGCCUGAGAGUCCAAGGUGGUUAUUAGCCGCGGGAAAGAAGGACAGUGCCAUUAAAGUCUUGAAAAAAGCGGCGGCCUACAACAAUUUGGCUACAGGAUCAAUCGAAAAUGACGUGUCAAAGUAUUUGGAAAAGAGAAGCUUGAACGGCGGAACGGAAGUGAGCAAGGGUAAUAUUCUGGACCUUGUAAGGACGCCGAUCAUGAGAAUGUACACCGUCGCCAUUUGUUUCAACUGGAUCGUAUGCGGUCUGUGCUUUUUCGGAGUGUCGCAGUUCGUUGGACAGCUGGGAGGGAACAUAUUUUUAAAUGUCGCUCUGUCAGCAAUCAUCCAGUUGCCGAGCACCUUUUUCGCCUGCUGGUCUACGAAAGUCUGGGGGCGAAAGAAAACGCUCAUAUUCGCCAAUGUGUUAUCGGGUACCGCCAUAAUUCUGAUUGGGUUGGUUCCUUCGGACCCCACAUGGAUUAAAUCCGUCCUUAGUACCGUCGGGAUGUUCGGACUCGCUCUCGCUUUCCCAACUGUCUACAUAUAUUCAGGGGAGCUAUUUCCGACCAUGGUACGAAACGUCGGCGUCGGAACGUCUUCUAUGUGUGCUAGAUUAGGUUCUAUGGUUGCGCCGUUUGUAGCUUCCUUGGUUACGGUAAAACUUUGGAUUCCGCCCGUCAUUUUCGGAGUUACGCCAAUUAUCGGCGCUUUGCUGUGCUACAAACUACCGGAAACCGUGGACUGCAAACUACCCGACACUGUAGAAGAGGCAGAAAUGUUCGAAAAGCGCAGCCGGCACCCAACGGAAGUGGGUAACGGGGAAAACGGCGUAGAAAUGACGUAACCAAAAUUUUAUAGAUGUUUAUUCUGUCAACUUGGACUUUUAAAGUUUAUUUAUCGUUAAUAAAUAUCUUCUUCGCUCUAAUAUACCCACAGACCUCUAAAACUGCAAGUAGCCGCUAUGUGUACGCUUAAACAUAUUCAGCGGAGACAAUUAUAUAUACAGCACUUUUGUUUCGUAAACCUAAUAGUUCAUUAAGUUCCAGGUCAAAUCACAUUCUAAACACAUAUUUAGAGUUUGUUCUAAUAUCACGUUAAAAACUCAAAAGUACCUUUUUCAUCUAUCAAUAAAUUUCCUUAAUUAGAACGAGGAUUGACCAUUUAAGUUAAUUAAGUUGUUUUUUUUUAAUGCUUAUUAAUUUCAAUAGGAUCAAACAUUACUAUGGGAUGUUUUUAUAUAUGCAAUAUCUGUGUAUUUAUAAGAAGUAUUUACUUAAAACAAAAUCAUAAGACGAGUGACGAUUAAAAAUUUUUAUUACUACGUUAUAAAGCACAGUCAAUGUUAGUGAUAUUUUAUUUCUUGUAAGUCAAAUUAUGAUAACGUUAUUGCUAUCGGCUUAGCGUGUCACAAUUUUGACCAUCUGAAUCUGUAAAUUUAGAGCUCUGUGAUUAAGCGUAGCCUUCGUAUUCUACGAUUGGUUCUUAACUGAAAUUGCGGUGUUGCAUAAAAAAAUAAAACGUAUAUUUUGUAUGGCUUUCUAUUAUAUCACUUGUCAACAUCAGUGUGUCUAUUUUCUAGUUGACCUACGGUUUGAAUUUUAACAGCAGGGUAAAAAACGAGUAGGCCGAGCUCAACACCUGAAAACAUAGACUAACUUAUCAAUGCUAUGUUUUAUUGUUAUUUUAUUGGGCUUAUGCCACUUGAUUUCACAUUCCUGAUAAAUAGAAAAAAUAAAAAAUAUUGGUUACCGACAAAGUUUCAUUUUCAUUUUGAAAAGAACUUAGUUAACACUGUUUUUUAAGUACCUCUGAGACAAAUUGAAACACAAAUACGACGUCAAUAAAAUAUUAAUAAAAGACGAAAACAGAAGAAACUAUCAAAUAAUGGUAAUAAAAAUUACAAUCACGUCA